UUCUGCUGGGCGCCGAGUCCGAGCCUGGCAAUGGCGAUGACAAUGGCGAUGCCGAUCGCGGCCAGCAGCCCCCCGAGGACGGCAAGAGCGGUGGAGGUGACAAUGGCGAUGCCGAUCGCGGCCAGCAGCCCCCCGAGGACGGCAAGACCGACGAGCAGGGAAUGGGAAUGAGGCAGCUGUUCGCGGAACUGGGCGAGGGGUUCCUCGCGAAGCGCAACUAGAGCGUGCACUGCGAAGUGAGUGAGCUAGAGAGGGCACUGCAAAGUGAGUGAGGAGAGAAGGGGACCCUCCUGCUUGGUCUUUUCUAAUAUCGCCUCCGCUUCUUCCACCUUACGCGGCGGCUAUUUUCGUCACAUGCACGAGCGCAGAUAGGUAACGAAUUGAGCAUUGCGUCCCUGCCUGUUGGCAUGCGACCGGUCAGAUCAACCACGUGAGGGGAGGGGUGCCUGGGUGUCUGCGGGCGGUGUGUGUCUUGUGUGUCUUGGCAUGAAUGAGACGUCUAUCUGGAAAGAAUGAGAUGUCUGUCUCUGAGUGUAUAGCUGCUCAUACCCAACACAGGGUUUUCCAUGCAUGCCCUGUGUGCUUUUUGGGUUGAUGGUGAUGUGAUGGAUAUGCGAGUGGGUUCAGUCAGUGUCUCUCUUCUCUGGAUCUCAAAAUGAAGAGACCAGAGCAGUUGCACUGCAGGCACGUUUGUGUGGUUGGUGAGUUGAGGCUAGUGGUAGUGAGGGAGUGGCAGUCAGGGAGGUCGUGGUAGUGAGGGAGUGGCAGUCAGGGAGGUCGUGGUAGUGAGGGAGGUCGUCAAUUAAGCCAGUGGGUGUGAGUAUUGGUCGGUGGUUGUAAGUAUUGGUCGAUGGGUCAAGCAAUUAGUGGGUAGUGUGCCUUGUCUGUCUUCUCUUCUGUGUUGUCUGUCUCUUCUGUGUUGUCUGUGUGUUGGGCGGAUCUGUCUGUUUGGCUGUGCUUUUGGGUCGG